GCUUCCGCAUCCAUGUCCCUCGACCUGCAGAGUAUCUACGACCUCACAGGACUUGUCGCGCUCGUCACGGGUGGUGGGACGGGGAUCGGUUAUAUGAUCUCGACUGGCCUGGCUGCGAAUGGAGCAAAGGUAUAUAUUACAGGCCGACGCAAAGACGUGUUGGAUAAGGUCGUCAACGCAUGGAAUAGCAAACCUGAAGGGGAAAGGAAGGCCGGCAUGGUUGCGGUGCAGAUGGACGUGACUAGCCAGGAGAGCAUAUUGGGAGCAAAGAAGCUCAUCCAGGAGAAGGAGGGCAAGCUGCAUAUUCUUGUCAACAAUGCCGGCCAAGUGGGGCCCACGUCGCCUUUCUUCAACGACCCUCAGGCGCCAGAGCGGAAAGAUAUCGAAACGCUUGGUCAAUCGUUGUUUGAGAAGCAAACCUUCAGCCAGUGGUCCGAUCUAUACACGAUUAACACCUUUUCGAUCUUCUUCGUGUCAACUGCGUUUCUCGGUUUGCUGGACAAGGGCUCACAAGAGGGGAGCAAGUGGCCGGGUUUUACGUCGAGCAUUAUCAACAUCACAAGCAUAUCUGGCGUUAUCAAGCUCGCCCAAGAGCAUUUCGCCUACAACAGCGCUAAGGCAGCAGCAUCCCACCUCACCAAGAUGAUGGCGACCGAGUUUGCUCUUAAGGGAGCGAAAGUGCGCGUGAAUGCGAUUGCGCCAGGAGUAUACGCGUCUGAAAUGACAUUUGACGAGAUUCCACCCGCGGAAGUAGACAAGAUUGGGAAGGGUGUGAUGCCAGUUCCGGCUCAGCGGGCCGGAACGGCGGAGGAAAUGGCUGGGACGGUUAUCUAUCUUGCCAGUCCAGCUGGGUGCUAUACCAAUGGCCAGGAGAUUGUCAUAGAUGGCGGCUACGUCGCCGUCAACCCAGCGACUUGA